AUGGAGGAGGCCGAGCCAGGCGAGGCCCGGGACCCGGGACCCAGCGGCGGGGGCUUCUCCCCCGGGCCCGCGCCCUCCCGGGACCCCCCGACCGCCCCCGACCAAGACGACCCUUCCCAGGGCGGCCCGGCCCCGUCCGGGGAGGCUCCGGGGAGGAGCUUCCUGCUCUUGGAUCAGAAAGAAGCGCUGCAGGUGUGCGGCGCCGAGGCCCUGGGCGACCUCCUGGGCUGCGACCCCGCCCGGCGCGUCAAGGUGCUGUCGGUCUUCGGGAAGACGGGCGACGGCAAGUCCCACUGCCUCAACGAGGCCCUGUGCGGGGGCCGGCCGGUCUUCCCCACCGGUCGGGGCCAGGCCCCGGCCACCCUGGGCGUGCGGGCCGCCCUGGCUCCGGGCGGCCACCUGCUGCUCCUCGACACCGAGGGCCUGCUGGGCCCCACCGCCCACCCGGCCCGCCGCCGCCGGCUGCUGCUAAGGGUCCUGGCGCUGUCGGACGUGGCCGUCUACCGCACCCGCGCCGAGCGGCUGCCCCGGGACCUCUUCCAGUUCGUCGGAGGGGCCUCCGGGGCCUACGGCCGCUUCUUCGCCGGGGAGCUGCGGGCCCUGGCCGCCCGCCUCGGCCGGCCGGGGGAGGAGACCCCCGCCGCCCGCCUGGGACCCGCCGUCCUCGUCUUCCACGAGACCACCCGGACCCGGCUGCUGGGGCACGGCGGGGACCCCGGGGAGGCAGAUCGGCUGCUCCAGCGGCGGCUGCGGAGCCUGGACCUGGACACGGCCUGGUUCAGCUGCCUGCGCUACGUCGGCACCCACACGCCCCGCCCGCCCACCGACUUCUCCGCCUUCCGUGCCGCUGCGCUGGACCUGCUGCGUGACACGGGCACCCGCGCCCCCCGGCCCCUCCACGUGGUCUACGGGGCCCUGAAGGCCCUGACGGAGAAGUUCAACGGGGAACUCUCCGGGGACCCCAACCCCAGCUCGUUUUUCCCGGACGCCUAUUUCACCUGCAACGCUCUCUGCCUAAGCUGCGGGUGUCGCUGCGUGAACGGGAUGAACCACGAGCGGGACGGGGAACCCCACGGGGCCCAGGGGCUGUGCCGCUUCUCCCACCGGUAUGGAAACCGAGUGCUGCUGUGCAAGCGAUGCUACGAGCGCGGGAGAGAGGAGGUGCUGCAGCCCCGGGCCGCGGCUUCCACCGACAGCACCUUGCUGGGCAUCGCCAAGUUCGCCUGGUCCGGGUGGGUCCUCGAGUGCCCGCGCUGCGGCGUCGUCUACCGCAGCCGCCGGUUCUGGUACGGGAACCCGGAACCCGAGGGCAGCGCCGCCCGUACCCAGGUCCGCCACGUGUGGCCCGGGACCCUGGCCCUGGGCACGGAGCAGCCCCACACCGGCAGGCGGGUGCUAGACGGGGUGGGGGAAGCCCUGGAACUGGUGAGCGGGUACGGGGCGCCCCCCGCCCGCGCCGCGGCAGCCUGGCUCGCCGACCUCGUGGCCCCUGCCUACUGGAGACCCAACGGUGACAUCACGAUGUGUGCCAGCUGCCGGCUGCCCUUCGCGCCGGGGGAACAGAAGCAUCACUGCCGGGCGUGUGGCGAGGGCUUCUGCCACAGCUGCUCCGGGCAGAGGAUGCCCGUGCCUGCCCGCGGCUGGGGUCUCACCCCCGUGCGGGUCUGCAGGUCCUGCUUCCGGGCCCGACAGGCCAAGUCCCUCGCCGAGGAAGCGGAGCCGGCACCGGAGGCCGAGAGGGCACCGUUGGCUCGCAGGGUGACCGAGGCCACCCAGACUGCUUUGGAGCUGGUGUCGGCAGCUGUGGAGUACCCGCUGGGUUUGGUGACCGAAGCCGUCCGGCCCAGCUACUGGACUUCGGACCGGGACCUGGCCCGGUGCCAGCUGUGCCAAAGCAGCUUCACCGCCCACCUGCGGCGGCACCACUGUCGGGCCUGCGGGCGCGGCGUGUGCCAGGACUGUUCUCCCGAGCAGCGCCCUGUGCCCUCGCGGGGCUGGCCUCUCCCCGUCCGCGUCUGCCUCGAGUGCGCCCGGCGGCGGGGCCGGCUGUGAGCCUGGCAGCCGCUCGGGAAAAGACUGCCCAACUCACACCGCACUUUUUGUAAUAAAAGGGGUUUUCCAAAGCUG